AUGAUUGGCAAGCUUGAGGAAGGUGCGUUGACAUCUGUUGCCCAAGAGGUUGGAGCUGAUAAAAGCGUUCUUUCACAAGCUUGUUUAGGUCAUGUUCUACAGCUUAUGAAUGAGAGACUACACACUGGCUUUUCUGAAGUUGAAGUGCUUCAGAUAUUUUGUGAUGUAUGUGAAGCUGUAUCACGGCUGCACCAUUGUCAAACACCUAUCAUACAUAGAGACCUUAAGGUUGAAAAUAUACUUCUUAGUGAUAGUGGAAACUAUGUACUAUGUGAUUUUGGAAGUGCUACAGCUAAAGUUAUUAAUCCACAAACAUAUGGAGUAACCCAAGCUGAAGAAGAAAUAAAAAAGUACACAACCCUGUCCUAUAGAGCUCCAGAAAUGAUAGAUUUGUACUGUGGGAAACCCAUCACUACAAAAGUGGAUAUUUGGGCUCUAGGUUGUUUAUUGUAUAAAUUAUGCUUUUUUACUUUACCAUUUGGAGAAAGUGCUUUAGCUAUUCAAAGUGGAAAUUUCAGCAUUCCAGAUAAUUCCCGUUAUUCUAAAAAUAUUCAUUCCUUAAUCAGGUAUAUGUUAGAAGUAGAACCUGAAAAACGACCAGAUAUAUUUCAAGUCUCUUACGUAGCUUUCAAGAUAGCUGGCAAAGAAUGUCCUGUUCCAAAUUUAAAAAAUUCAAUCAUUCCAGAUAUUGAUAAAUUACCAUCUCCUCAAACUGAAAGUGAGGCCAGAAAGGCUACUGCAAAACAACAAAGGCCUGCUUCUACUCCUGUCGUAGAAGGAACUUCAGUAGCUCCUCGUCAGAGGCCUAAAGGAUCUCAAGCUCCUCCGGGUGUAGGUAGUUUAACUUUGCUGCCUCAAGCAACACCCACAUCUGGAAAAAGAGUUACUCCUACAACUCCACAUGAUCUGGCUAACUCUCCAGCUUUACUUCUGCCCCCCUCUGCUUGUCACUCUAACAUAUCUACUCCAGCUACUCCUCUUGGCUCAUCAUCCCAAACCUUUCUUUCUCUGAAUUCAUGUCUUACCCCAACGAUACCCCAAACUGCAUUGUCUGCUCCAUCACUCAUCAGUCCUUUUACCCAAAAAACCUUUCUUGUGCCUUCACCGUCUUCUGUCUCUACAGCAUCAGUUUUGUCGUCGCCAGAUUCUACUCAGCUAGUCAGUCAACGGAAAUUAUCAACUUCAGAAGUGCCGACAGUGGAAGUUGCAAGUGUUCCACCACCACCUGUAUCUCAGCAGAUAGCUUCUGGUCUUCCAUCUUCUACUGAAGAACAUCGACCGUAUCUGGCUGCUGCAUCUAUUCCUGAGAUUUCACCUCAUAAUCUAGUAUCUGUGACACCACCUCCUUCUCCGACCCCCAGUCAGCAUAGUCAUCAUAGAAGGAACGCUAGUGAUACAUCUGCCUUUGAUAAAAAUGUAGCAAAAGAAAUUACUCAGUUUCUUACACCAUAUGAAACAUCACAAAAUCAUGCCGUGGCAACAAAUGAUGCACAGCCCUCUGCUGCUACACAGCAGAAGCAUCCUAGUGACCUGUCACAGUGGAAUCCUUUUGUUGGUGCACCUGGAAAUUUGGCUGAGGACCAUGUUUUUGGCCAAGAAUUUGACAAAAUUCGCCGCGGGUCCCAAAGUAGUAUAUCAAAUGUAAAAAGUAGGGAAAGUCUAGUCAUGAGCACAUCAGAUUUAUCAGAGCCUGAUCCAUUUGGUGCUGCUCCAUUCAACUUGAGUGGUACUCCUAAGGGAAGCAAAGGAGCUGGUCCUCCCCGACCAAAUCAGCUGCCUCUAUCAUCUUCUGGUCUGCCCGAUCAUGAUAUAACAAGCUAUACACCUUUGUACUCUGAAGAGACUGAUAUUGAAUUACAGGUCAGACACAGACACAGUAGUGAGAAUUCUAGUGCUUCUCAUGAAGGAAGUCAAAGUGUGCACAGCAGUCGCUCAGGGAAAGAUAUUUUUACAGUUUCAUUUACUAGAACCCCUGCAGAGGAUCGGUCAAAAUAUGAAAAACUUUUAAAUGAUGAUUUUGAAAUGAGAUCCCCAUGUGAAAUAACUGAUUUAAAUAAUCCCCCAGAAAAAGUUCCUCCCAUUCCUUCAGAUGCAAGUGCUUCAUCAUGUAAUGUAGUAGAAUUUCCCUCUGUUCAAGAAGACAGUGAUUCAAUUGGUUCAGCUAGCGAUUUGCGAGAAAGAGUUGAUUCCAGCGGAGAGGAAGAUGCUUCCUCUAUAGGUUCUGGUGGUGAUAAAGAAGAAAGUAUAUCAAAUAAUAUUCCAACAGACUUAAAUACAUGUACUGAGUAUACCACUGAAAAACUGAAUAAAAAAUCUCCAGGGAUUAAAGAUACUAUCCAAGAUGUCUUUAUUGGACAUGCAGAAAGUGGCCGGCCACUGCUCGAUGAAGAAUCUUCUGAUGAUGAUGAUCAAAAUGAAGCUUUGUUGCCUGGAAGUAAAAAAGGUAGCAAUUCAUCAUCAUUGGUUGUAUCACCGAUGACAACAAUUACACCACCUGCCUCCCCUGGUGAGAAACCACGAAGUCUAGAUGUAUUUGGUGCAGCUCCUUUUAAACGAUUAACUAAUUAUUCUAAUCCUGCUAAAGCUCCUUUAUUAUCACCUGAGGAAAAAGAAGUGGAUGUGUUUGCUCAGGCGCCAUUUAAAAUACCUUUCAAAGGUCAAAAAGACAGUUUCAAAAAUUCAUUAAAAAAGAAGAAAGAAAUACAGAAUGAAGGUGCAAAUAUUCCUAGAAGCUCUGAAAAUUUUGGCAGUGCUCAUGCUAUAUUUUUACCUGAUAUUGUACCCAAUGUUGAACCUCCUGCUAGAAAGAGUUUACCGUGUGUAAAGUAUACUCCACGAGAUAAUAAUUCACCUACAGCUAUUUCAACAUCUCCAGUAGUAUCUACAGAUUUAUUUGGCUCAGCGCCAUUCACUGAAAUAUCUGAAAAAGAUAUUAACGUCAAAUCUACACCAAAGGUUCCUGUACUUCCAAAUUCUCAGUCAUUACCUUGUCCCUCAAAUCAAAUUAGUAAUAUAGUUAUAACUUAUCAAAAACAAAUAGCUGCACCACAGAAAACAUCCUCUCCUGCACCUAUUCCACCACCAUCAUCUUCUACCAGCAUAAUUCGCAGAAAAUCAAAUCAAGAUUUAUUUGGAGCUGUUCCUUUUAGUGCUGUUGCGCCUGCUUUAGCUUCUCAGAAAAAACUUCCACCUCCAGUAGCUCCCAAACCUAAAUUAGCUGUUCGAUCUGCCAGUAUGGAUCCCACUCCAAGUUCAUCAUUGUCUCGCCCAAUAAGUGAUAAUGGUAAUAUAUCUCGAGAUUCCUCAGGUUCUUUUAGUUCUGAAUCUUUGGAAGAAUCUAAGCUAACUUCCUCUGUAGAUAAAUCAAAGUAUAAGGAAUUAAUUGAAGAUGAUACUAUGGCACAUGAUGAAAAUGUCAAUGUUCUCUCAUCACGACAUUAUACACAAUUAAAACCUGUAAAAAAGUCAAGGCAUUCGAAAAGAAAAGAAGCAAAAGAGAGGAUUAGUAGUACUAAUGCUUUUUCAAACAUGAGUUUUGAAGAUAUUGUCAGUGAUGAUGAGUCUCAAUAUACACAGUCAUUCAUUCGUGACACUAGUAGCAUAAAACGAACAUCCAAUUCUUUCAGGAUUGCUAAAAUUAAUUAAAUUACAAAAUAUUGCAUUUUAAAUUUAACAUGCAAUUGACAUUUGCAUUUUGUAGAGUAUGUAAUUAUGCUUAAAAUAAAUUUAUUACGUUGAUUUAUAGCUUUAUGAAAAGUAUAUAAACAAAUUUAUGUAAUAUUACUUUCCUAUUGUUCUGUUUGUUUACAUAUUUUCUAAUAAUGUUGCCAGUUUUAGGCCUUAUGUACUGUAGAAAAAUAUAGGCCUAGGUGUCACACAAGUGUACUGUCUGUAUAUACUAUAAAUAAAUAUAUAUAUAUCAUAAAAGGGAUGUAGACAACGAAGUCAUGACACCCAAGAUAAUAAAGAAAUAUUCUUGCAUUA